UUUUUUUGCGGAUCUUAAAUUUUUGCUUGCGAGUUGAAAAGUUUUGAACUCUUCAGCACAGGGGGCGGUAUCUUCCCUCUGGGAUGAGAGGCCUUUUUCCAUUGGUCAAACUGGAUUGACGUCACAUGUUGGCCACGCCCACUACAUUUUCGCGCGAUUGGACUCCCUAACAGUUAGAUGAACGAGCGAUGGCGAGCAACAGGUCUACUUCGAGAAUGGAAAACCAAGCAGGCAGAUCGCAGCAACCGAUCCUUUCCUGGUUUUUUUAAAAAUGCUGGCAAAUAUAAACGACAGCUUGCUAAAAGUCACAAGCCUGUAAUCCCAGCAAAGGCACAAAAGAGAUUUGCUUUCUCUGUUUCUUUGCUGGGAUCUAAAUCAGAAACAACCCCAUCCCUGUCGGAAGAGCUCGAGUUAAUGCAAGCAGGUUUAGGGAAGAGGACCCUGUCCUUAACUUCAGAUUCAACACAUCCAGAGUUGUCAAAUUUGUUACGGGAAACCUAUCCAAAAAUGAAUGAUUUGGAAGACAGAUGGCUAAUUUUCAAAGCGGCAGGUGGAAAUGGACGAAGGAGACUGUCCGCUGUACCAUUGGAUUCAGAGGGGUAUACAGGAUCACUAAUCAAAAAUGCCUCAGGUGGAGGAAAAAAUUUACUCUACAUCGUACCACUUCAAGAUGAGCUUGAUUUGACGCCACUGUUGAUGCCACCAGAUGCACCUGAAAUUGCAAGAAUGCCAAAGGCUCAUUGUAAAAAAUGCAAUACUUUGAUGCCUCUUCAGACAUUGGCUUUGCAUGCUGAACAGUGUGACAACUUGGAAACUUCUGAAAAUGAGGAAGAUGAUUUGGUGUUGAUAGAGGAGACAGCGUCUUCAAGGCAAAAUAUUGCACCUUCUAAUGAUGCAACAUCAUCCAAUGUUAAACCAUACGCUCAGGAGGCACUUGAGGCCCAGUGCCCAAUUUGCACAGACACAUUUCUUGUUUCAGAACUAGAAGUACAUGCCAGCUUUUGUGGAGAAAGCAGUCCAUAUGAAGUGAGAGAAGAACAACCCUCCUUUGGUUUUGAUAACAUCUCAUGUGAGGAGGACGUAAUUCAAUAUGCAGCAGCACAGAUAAAUGCCACAAAAACAUUUGAAUUAUGCGUGUCACGAGAAAAUAUGGUUGAGAGAGGUCUAAAGAUGUGGAAACGGCAAAAAACAGGAAGCCCUGUCAAUCCCUUGAAAAUUAGCUUCCUGGGAGAACCCGGAGUUGACACAGGGGCACUGAGGAAAGAGUUUCUUACCACAAUUGUUGCCGGCUUUGAAAAACGUCUCUUUGAAGGUGAUUCAAAGAAUGGAAAAAUGCCUAAGUACUCCCUGAAUGAUCUCGAUAAUGAGCUGUUCAAAGUUGCAGGUGAAAUAUUUGCUGUGAGCAUUGCCCAAGGAGGACCAGCCCCACGGUUUAUGCAAGAAU